AUGUCUUCCAGCUCUGAAAGCACUCUCAGAUCGAUUCAUGGGAACACUGGCGCUCAACGGGCAACUCGACAGGACGCAUUUUUCGGUACAAAAGCAGUCGCAACAGGGCGCCAGAGCAACCGACAGUCCUCACCACUCCUGCGACUACCACAUGAGGUUUGGGACAAUAUUGUUGAGCUUGCAGUCUUGAAGGACCGUGAGCUCUUGAUCAAGGUCACCGGGUUUUGCCCUCCUGCCCUGCACUUGACAUCCCACCAACUUCGCGAUGAGACAGCGCAGAUCUGGUUGGCGAAGGACAUUUCUAUGCUUUAUGGUGGAUCCGAGAAGAUUUUGCAGCAGUUACUUCACCCGGGACAUCCUCAUUUCAACGCUCUCGGUGAAGAAGAAGAAUAUAAUUAG